UAUGACUCAAAAGCUUGAAGAUAUAGAUUUAAACUCAGUAAUAUGGAAAUCUACACGAAACGAAGGACUCGAUAUUGAGUAUGCACUGCCAAUUCCUCGAGCAAUAGCUGAUGCAGUUUUACAAGAGCUUGAAGAAACUCUGACAUAUUUUACAGGAGAUUUAGCGACAGUAAAGGUUUUUGGUAAAGUCCAUCCUUUGCCUCGUCAACAAGUCGCAUACGGCGAUCCUGGUAUAACAUACAGAUACUCAGGAACCACAGUGCCGGCCCUGCCGUGGCCGCAGCCUGUCUUAUCGCUAAGAGAUUUCCUUUUCAAACUGAAGGGUAUUAAAUACGAUUUUGUUUUAGUCAACAAGUAUAGAAAUGGUUCAGACCAUAUGGGAGAACACAGAGAUAAUGAACCUGAAUUAGACCCUACGAUGCCCAUAGCUUCUAUCUCUUUUGGACAAGAAAGACCCUUUGUUCUGAAACAUAAGGACGCAAGAAAACCUGGACCACAAAGAAAAAAUAUAUAUCCAGUAAUGCUAAAGCUAGAACAUGGAAGCGUGCUGCUAAUGAAUCCUCCAACGAACGAAGUUUGGUAUCAUAGUUUGCCCACGCGCAAGAAACUAUUGGGCGCAAGAAUAAACUUGACGUUUCGUAAAAUGCGAAAGAAUCUCAUAAAAUAAAUAAUUAACCUUUUUGAAACGCUGA